UAACGUUGCAUUUAAAUGUGCGCUGCAGCUUCCUCGUCGAGCUUCACUGUCGCAACUGUGUGUCGUUUGGGAAAGGCGCGUGUGCUGACGGACGUUUCUGUUGCAGCCGCGACCCGACGCCGCAGCCCGCCAGCCGCCGUACGCCCUGCGCCCGCGACCUCGCUGCUCCCUACGCGAGCCAUGGACCUCAGGAUAGCGCUAUGUUUUCUGCUUUGUGCAACAUACACGGUCGUUGCGGAAGUGGACAUCAUCACAGAGCCACGACCAGGUGAAGAAUAUGUCUUAGUUAGUUCCGGACAACAAACACCAUUAAGAAAUUUUGAGACCUCGCAUAAAAUACCAGAAAAACACCCAAAUCAUAGGCUCACGAAGCCAGAAGAUAGCAAUGAAAAAAUAUUUAAAAAGUUACACAGUGGAAAAGUUAAACAUUCAGCAGAAGGUAUAGUUUCUAUUGAAGAAGAUAAAAAAGCGCAAAUUAAAAAAGGUCAAAAACUUAAGGCAUCUGAGUCAAUUGAAAUCGAUGUGCCUGUAUCUAAGUUAGAGGAUAUCAAGAUUAAAGAAAAUGUUAGAGAUAUUGAUACUAAUCCUAAAUUAGCAGUAGCUUUAGAAGCUAUGUCAGAAUCUGGAAAAUUAAGUAACAAUGAUGGAACUACGACGCAAAAACCUAUUUUAACAACAGCACCACCCACACCAGCUAAAGGAUACGAAUAUAUUCCAAUUAAUUUUGACACCAUCGACGAUAUUAACAGUGGGCUCCUGUCAUCAAAUGUGAAACUUGAAACAGCUGGUUCAGAACAAAAGCAACACUCCAGAAUUCAAGUUAAAAAGGGACCAAAUGGUCAAGACUACGAAUAUGAAUACAUUUAUUAUUAUUAUGAUGAAGAUGAUGAAAGUAAAAAGGAAGUGAAAGACAAACCCGCAAGCAAUGAAGCUCCUGUUCUCAAUUCACAUGAUGGACCAUCAAAAGUUGAAACUGAGAACCAUAUUGCCAAAGACAGUAGAUCAAAGAGCAAAUAUAGCACAAUCGAAAGAUCAACCACAACAACAACUGCCACUCCAGAGGUACAAAAUGAAGUAUUGAGCACAUCUGGAAGAGGUCGUUCCCGAGGAAGGAAUACGACCCCAGCUCCAGCUCCAGUUCAAGAAGAAAUUGUAGAGAGAUUACCAUCAAGCACACGGUUCCCACCUCGGGGUCGUAGUUUUGGCAGUUCAAGCACCACUACUCAUGUACCUGAAGUAACAGAAGCAGUAAGACAACGUGGUAGAUCACAAGUUGAUAGUGUGGCUGAUGAAUCAAUCGGUCAAACAAGAAGUAGGACACGUGCGCAUGUUAGGCGACCAAGUUCCGAACUCGUCGACCUUGAUAGUUUCAAAACACAUUCGGGUGACAUUCGCAGCCAAUACAAGGAACCGCCAACGAGAUAUUCAUCUGAAAGUAAAACUACAACCGAUGUUUCUGACGUUGAGCUGCCUGUAAAGGAAACGCAACGGGAAGGCCACAGUCUUCCAAGUGGUGUUAUUUUCCAAGAAGUAUUGGACGACUCAAAACUGCCGUCGGACUACAAACAAACAACGACAUAUGAACAAGACACAACGGAGUAUACUACAAUGACUGCUAUGGAAAAAGUAGCCCUCGAUCUGUACGCCUACUUGGCGGGUGAAAAUUUGAACAAUGAAAUCAAUCCCUCAAGCGAUUUGUUGAGUUUUGAUGGAUCCACAACAGUAGAUGACGACUCUUGGACAACCGAAUCUCUAAGUACAACAGAAGAGGAAACAACGCCAACGACCACCACUACCACAACGACUACAACCACUACGACCACGACCACUACACCCGCGCCCACGACCACAACGACAACUGCGGCCCCAACUCGCCCAUCGCGAUUUAAGUCGCGCCCUGGAGCCCGAGCUAGAGGCUCUGUGUCCACCAGCGCAGCAACAGAAGCACCUCAAGAGACAUCUACUAGGGCGCGAGGUCGGUUUGGUAAGCCAAAUGGAGUCAGAAAAACCACUGCGACAGUCGCCGAAGUGGAAACCAGCUCCGCAGCCCCAGCAGAGAAACCAGCGACACAACCUAAGGCGUUCGGGCGUCGAGGUGGUCUAUUCGCCGGUCGGAACCGGCCUGUCUCCACGACCAGUGCCCCGGCGCAGGACGGCAGCAACGCAGCCAGCGAAGCGCCUGCACCUAGAGCCCGUCUACGCCCCGGUUUGAGACGAGGCCCAUCAACCACGACAGCGGCUGCUUCAUCAGCUGAAGUGAGCGAGACGACCGCCCCCAGUGCCAGCUCUAACGCAGGUUCUGGAGAAGUUGUUGAAACUACACCCACACCAGGCAGAAGUAUUGGACGUAAACCGGGUGGUAGGCCAGUAUCUCUGAGACCCGGGCCCAGGCUAAACCUUAGACCCAACCCUCGUCUUAGGCCCGGAGUGGCUACUACAGCGAACACCGAAGCUCCCUCCGAGGCACCCGCUGAGACCUCUGCACCCGCAGAGUCUCCCGCUGCAGACGAACAAUCUGAGGGCUCAUCUCCGACCCCAGCUCCCGAAGCGCCUCGAGGAGGAAUCAAGCUCCGCAACAGGCUACAGGUAUCACCUUCUCCCAAACGAGUCGCUGCUACUCCUCCACCACGCAGGCCCAACCCCCUGUUGAAGAGGAAAUUGCCUUCCACUGAGGCCACCACUGAAGCACCAAAGAAGGCAUCUUCGGAGACGACGGAGGAGAGCACCAGUGCUGAGAAAAGCGAGACUGAGACCGAAGCCGCGCCCGCGGAGACCACCCCCGCGCCGCCCCUCCGCGGCCUGGACGCUCUCAUCGCAAGAAGACGCGCCGCAGGAGUAGGCUCCAGGCCCGCGCGACCCGUUCGAGGCGCCAGGCUACCUAAAUAAACAUUUAUACAAUACAUAAUUACUGUUUAACGUUAUGACAUGACUUAAAACUAAAUCUCAUUAGAACUCUGCCUAUUCAGCACACUUGUCCCGCUCAGUAUAUAAAUUAUAUAACCACUGUUCUCACGAGAAUCGAGAUUUCCCACAAUUCAAUCUAUUACAGUCACUCGCUUAGAACUUUUAGUCAUGUCAUGAAUUAGUCAAUUCAACGCCCCAAAUGAGUGUAAAAAAUAAAUUACGUACUCAUCAUACUAUCAAUACUUAUACUCUUUGAAUGUUUUAAUACAGGUAGAUUAUACACAUAUAAUUAGACUUUACCUUUUUACUUUUUAAUUUUAGAAUUUUUGACCUUGAUACUAAAUAGCCUCCCAUCAAGGGCUUUACUCAAUAAUUUAAUUAUACGUGUUAUAGGUAUGUACAUAUUAGAAUUUAAUGUUAUUACAAGAAUGUACCAAGGGAUCUACUUUGGAUAAUACCCAAUACAGUUUUAUAAUUUUAUAAACCAAAUUCAUUAAUAAUUAAAGGUAUAUAAGAUUUAUCCUGCAAUUGAAGUUACAUGACAAAUAUUGUUUGUAAAAUUAAACAAAUUUCUACAGUGCCUUCAUUAAAUAAUAAAAUUAUAUUAUGAAAACUUAUACUUAUUUGUUUUCACGUCUUUAUAAUAGAUGGAAAUGUAUGUAUAAUGUUUUAUCACGUGUAAUUAGGAAAUUAGAAAGCGAAAUUUUUAUUAACUUAUGAUACUUUUAGAUUUAGUAUCUUCAAAACUUAUACGCAUUAAUGUUUAUUUAUUAUCAUAAGUGAUGAACAUUGUACUCGGAUUUUUAAAUAAAUCGUUUGCCAUGGCAGCAUUCACCGACAUGUGACUUACAACUGAAGCACUGAUAGUUAGUGCCAUCGUGAUAUGUUUUGUAUCUUUUCGUAAGUGUGAUAAUAUACUUAAUAAUAAGAUAAUGUUUA